CCGCGUGACACUAAAGCCGUCUCGUUCUUUCCCACUUGACGGUCAAUGCGUACGCAUGCGCUUGCAUUUAAAAGUUGAACUUUUUCUUGGAAUUAUCUUAAAUCAACAAAUACGAUGUCGAAGCAGUUGAAACUGAUUGAAGUUGAGAAGAUAAAGAGUCAAAAUGAAUUGGCCGAACUAUUGCCAUCAUUGGGUCUUGCCAAGGUGCCUCCAUUGUCCCAGGCUCCGGGUGGCAAUGAGGCUUUUCUGGACCCGCUGGUCUCCGAUCUCUUUUCCAACGGCGAGGUGUCAGUGUUCCUGGUGCCAACUGCCCGAAAAAAUCCGGAAAGCGAUGUUCCGCAGCGGGAGCAAAGCGUUCUCAAAGAACAGAAUGCGAGCAGCGAUCAAAACGUGAUUAACCGUGGGCUGCCGGAAAAUAUGCCGGUUACCAGGGCGGCACAUAAGAGGUAUCUGGAAGAGCAAAAGCAGCUUAAGGAUUCGGUCGAAUGGCUGCCCAGCUUAUCAAUUCUUCCAGUGGAAACCAGCACAACUGCUGCACUUGACUUGACUGUCAAAAUGGAAGACAAUUUGAGCAAUAUCCCCGAAUCUGAAUCGAGUUUCGAGUCCAGUAUUGAUUUGACGGAACCCUUGCUUUCCCAAUCGCCGCCGCGGGUUGAUCCUGUGGUGGAAACCUUAUCACAGGUGGAAUUUCCUUCGUUUCAACUGGAGCCGCUCCCGGAGAAGGAUGAUCAUUUCCCGCAGAUCUCGGAAAGCGUUUCCCCCCUCCCUGCGUAUUUUGCUCAAAGCAACUUAAGCCCGAUGGACUUUUUGUCGGGAAAUAUGGAUGAUAUCUUUGGGUUCCUUGAAGAUUCCAGUUCGGAACCCAUCUUGACAUUACGUGGUGAUCCAACAUGGGGACCUGGAAUCGUGGUCCCCCCACUCUUGAAUGCUUUAAAUGAGAGCUCCAAUGCACACAUGCAGGACCACUCGUACAGCCAAUUGGAUACGCCGGAAAACUGGGACUUCAACAUGAAUAAUGUUCAUCGAACCCUGAAACUAAGUAACCCACUUCCCAAUUUAAUUGGAUCGGAUAACUUUGAUCUUGUGGAUUAUUUGGAUUCCAAUCUGCUGGAGGAUUCGGAACAGAUGCCCCUUUCUCCUCCAACUUCUCCCUUUUCAUUUCCGGCCAUUGAUGGAUUGCAGCCACUCACGAUAAGAAAAGAAACAGGUCCUGGAGCCGAAGAUGAAUUCGUGGAUGUGGAGUCCAUCGAGGAGGAGUCCAAUAUUGCAAUCUCACAUUACGAGGAUAACAUCGACGACUUGAGUGACAUUGAAUGCGAGGACUAUCCAUGGCUAAACGAUAUGUUAACUCCUAACCCAACAUGAACUUCCAAACGAUCUCAAUUUUCCCUUGAGUACUAUAUUAAAAGUGCCUUGAAAGUUUGGGAA